AUGAGGGUCCGGAGGUUGAGGUCUCGCUGUCGUCCGGCGAUUACGAGCUGGUGUACUGGAAGCGGUGGCUCCGGCGGCCGGGCACCACGCUUGAGGUCAAGGCUCCCCGGCAGGAGAGCCUUACGGGCCGGCAGGCACACGACCGGCUGGAGGCGAUACUUGAGGAGACACUGGACGAUGAGCUCUGGCGGGCCCUUGCAGAUCGACCAGGGGACGGAACUGAUCUUGCCCAAUUUCAGCCUGCCGUCCAUGGGGAGGGCAUUGGACCGCGCGGCCGGGGGCGAAUUUGCUGACGAGCGUGAGGAGUCGCUCUGGACUCGCAUCGGAGAGGAGUACGGGAAGUACUGGACUGCAAACGGACAGAAGAGGAGCACACGGACCUCGUUGCAGAAGAGGGUGGAUGGGGAGCGGGAGAGGGUUACCGGUCUGGAAAACCAGCUUGAGGCCAUCGAAAGCGAUGUUGCCGAGCUGGGGAGGUUGGUAACGGAGUCAGACCGGCUCUCGGGCAUAUUGGCGGAAUUCCAGAAGAGCGAAAGCGAAUUCCAGCAGCGCGUGGUCGCGGUUGAGCGGUUGCGCUCCGAGGUCGAGCGACUUGACGCGAUUCACAGCGCCUCGGAGGCCCUGCGGGACGGCGCCGGGAAUGAAUGGGAGCGGCGCAGGGGGUUGAUUGCCAAUCUUGACGAGCGUAGAAAGGAGCUGGCGGUUCUCGAGGCUCAGGCCAAGGAUGCGGAGCCGGGUCUGGCUUUGGCCACUCAGCGCAGUGAGGCAGCAGCCGCGGCGCUGAAGGUUGCCGACGUUGCUGUGCGCGAGGCUCGGGAGAGGCUCAGCAUGGCAAUUGCGGAUAGGGAUCACCUGCGUCAGUUGAUCGAGGUGGAGCAGCUUGGGGAGCGCCACGAGCGGUACAUCGCUGCGGAGGAAUUGCUGAAGCAGGCCGAGGAAUAUCUGGAGACGGCCGUUGUAGACGAUGAUGCGGUCAAACGGAUCGAGGACGCCUACAUAGAAACUGAAAGGGCCAUGUCAGCCGCGGGAAGUGCUGCAGCCUCGGUAGAAUUAACUGCUCUGCGCGAGUUGCCCCUCGAGUUGGGGGACGAGAGGAUCGAGCUUGCGGUUGACGAGGUCAGACGGGUCCGAGUUGAAGAUGAAGCCACCUUGACCAUACCUGAAAUCGCGCGGGUGCGUGUGAUUGCGGGGCCGGAGUCCAAGGGUCUGGCCGAGGAGCGUCGUAAAACGGAGGACAACUACCGGCGGCUGUGCGAACAAGCUGGCGUUGCCGAUGUCAGUGGGGCAAGGAGGGCCGGGCAAGAACGGCAGGAUGCCGAGCGGAACAAGGACGAAGCCCGCAAGGCUAUCGAAAGAGAGCUACGGGACCUCACUCCUGACGUGCUGCUUGGGAAAGUGGAGAGUCUCAGGGUAAGGGUGGCUGCCUAUCCGAAAGAACGGACUUCGGAACCCGCCAUGCCGGCGGACCUGGACCGGGCCCAGGAAAUCGAGGCCGAGAUAUCAGACCUGGUCAAGGAAGGUGCAGUUGCGCUACAGGCUUGUCAGGAUGAUGUCCAGGGGGCCGAGACCGCUCUGAAGAGCGUUCACUCGGAAGGGGACAGU